GACUAUGCGGCCCCCUACCUUCCUCCUGCUGCUGUCAGGGACCCUGGUCCUGACCGAGACCUGGGCAGGUUUACACUCCAUAAAGUAUUUGCACACCCUGGUGUCCCGGCCCGGCCUCUCGGAGCCCCACUUCGUGGUCGUUGGCUACCUGGAUGACACGCAGUUCCUGCGUCUAAGUCGGUUCCAUGAAUUCGCCUACGACGGCGUUGAUUACCUCACCCUGAAGAAGGAGCUGCGUGCCAGGACCCAAGUGGGUAUGGAGGAUCAGCGCUUGGAGCAUGAAUGGGAGAAAGCCAUUGCAGUUGAGGCCCAAAAUCCCCACCUGGAAUGGGAGUGUGGGGAUUGGCUCCAAAGAAAACUGAAGAAAGGGAAUGAGACACUGAAUGCAAAACUCACAAGCAUGCAGGUGACCCACCACCCCAUCUCUGACCAUGAGGUCACCCUGAAGUGCUGGGCCCUGGGCUUCUACCCUGCGGACAUCACCCUGACCUGGCAGCGAGAUGGGGAGGACCUGACCCAGGACACGGAGCUGGUGGACACCAGGCCUGGGGGGGACGGAACCUUCCAGAAGUGGGCAGCUGUGGUGGUACCUUCUGGAGAGGAGCAGAGAUACACGUGCCAUGUGCAGCAUGAGGGACUGCAGGAGCCACAAGUUCUGAGAUGGGAGCCCCCUCCUGAGUCCUCCAACUCCAGUGCGGGCAUCAUUGCUGGCCUGGUUGUCCCUGGAGUUGUGCUCACUGGAGCUGUGAUUUGGAGGAAGUACUUCCACAGAGAAAAUAUCAUAUGAAGUCUGAGCUUUCUUGCCUAACAUCUGCUUCAUACUGCGAGGCAUCAUCCACACAUAAGUACUUUCUCCGUUGAGAGCUGUGUUCACUGA